AUGAAGAGAAAGCACGACGAAGAAGCCAAGGGCGAUAACGGCGAGAAGCGCGCCAAGACCCAGAAGCCAUCCGCCGCCGCAGAUGAGCCCCCUGCCGCUGCCGCUGCCGCCGCCGCCACCAAUCUAACGUUCGCUGAUCUCGGCCUCGACACUCGACUGGUGCAAGCCGUCGCUGCUGAAAGCUUCAAGGACCCGACACCUGUGCAGCAGAAAGCCAUUCCCCUGGCACUGGACGGCAAGGAUGUUGUAGCAAAGGCUCCUUGUGGUUCUGGAAAGACCGCCGCCUACGUGCUGCCCGUGCUGUCCAGCAUCCUCAAGCGCAAGACGACCGAUUCUUCCCCGGCCACGACCGCCCUCAUUCUUGUACCGACACGCGAGCUCGCCGACCAAGUACUGAAAGCGAUUGAACAGUUCUCGGCCUACUGCGCGAAGGAUAUCCACGCCGUCAAGCUGGUCGACAAGAUUUCCGACGCCGUCCAACGAUCGCUGCUCUCCAACUUUCCCGACGUGGUCAUCUCUACACCUGCGACAGCAUGGCGGAACAUCCUCAACGACGCCUUGUCGCUCGAGAAGCUGUCUUGCCUUGUUCUCGACGAAGCGGACCUCAUUCUGUCAUACGGUUACAACGAGGACUUGGAGAACAUCGCUAGGAAGCUCCCCAAGGGCGUUCAGCUCUUGAUGAUGAGUGCGACUCUGUCAACCGACGUGACGUCUCUGCAAGGAAUCUUCUCCCGGAAACCGACCGUUCUCGACUUGGAUGAUGAGGAGACGGAGGGUGACAGUUUGUCGCAAUUUGUCGUCAGCUGUGGGGAAGACGAGAAGUUCCUGUUGGCGUUCAUCAUCUUCAAGCUCAAAUUGGUCAAGGGCAAGUGUUUGAUUUUCGUCAACGACGUUGACAGAUCCUACCGCCUCAAGCUGUUUCUCGAGCAAUUCCAGGUUCGAAGCUGUAUUCUGAACUCGGAACUUCCCGUUACCUCGAGAGCCCACGUUUUGGAGGAGUUCAACCGCGGCGUGUACGACAUCAUCAUUGCGUCGGACGAGAAGAGCGCAAUGGGUGCCGACGAAAAAGACGAGGAAGAGGUGGACGGAGAGGGCGAGAAACAGAAGGAAAAGGAAACCAAGAAGAAGAAGAAGAAGUCCUCAAAGCGGGACGCGGAGUUUGGUGUAUCCCGUGGUAUCGACUUCAAGAACGUUGCGGCGGUUGUCAACUUCGACCUCCCCACAUCCGCAUCAUCAUACACACACCGAAUUGGCCGGACAGCACGUGCGGGCAGGACAGGCAUGGCUCUCUCCUUUUACGUCCCCAAAGAGUUGUACCGCAAGCAUUUGCCGACGAGCAUCGAGACUGCAGAGAACGACGAGAAGGUUCUGGCGAAGAUCAAGAGGAAGCAGGCGAAGCAAGGCAAGGAGAUUAAGCCAUACAACUUCAAGAAGGAGCACUUGGAUGCGUUCAGGUAUCGUCUUGACGAUGCUCUGAGAGCGGUUACGAAGGUAGCUGUGAGAGAGGCGCGUAUGAGAGAACUGAAGCAGGAGCUUCUGAAGAGUGAGAAGCUCAAGAGAUACUUCGAGGAGAACCCUACAGAACUGCAGCAUCUGCGUCACGACGGAGAGCUGAGGACAGCGAGACAACAACCCCAUCUCAAGCAUAUACCCGAAUAUCUGCUGCCGAAGGAAGGAAAGGACUCGCUCACAUCCAACACCGUCGGCAUGGUGCCGUUCAGAAAGGUCGGUGGCAAAGUGAGAAAUAAGAAGAAGUUUGGGCGCAAGGUGGGAACGAGGAAAGUCAACCCCCUGAAAACUUUCAAAGCAAGACGGAAGUGA